GAGCCCGCGCCGGCCAGGAGGGCGGCGGCGGCAGCACCAUGAGCCUGGAGGGCGGCCCGGGCGGCAGCCGGCCCCGUGGGGGGGACACCCGGGACCCUGAGCCGCCGCCGCCGCCGCCGCCGGGACAGCCGGCCUCGGCGCCCCCCGCGCCCCCCGCGCCCCCCGAGCCGCCGAGCGCCGAGCAGGCGCCCCCGCCGCAGCCGCCGCCGCCGCCGCCGCCGCCUUCGCCCGGCGCCCGGGACGGCUCGGGGACCGGCGACUCGGGGCCGGGUCCCGGGCGGGCGGGAGGCCGGGGCGGGGACGAGGGCGAGCGGCGGGGCGCGGGCGAGCAGCCCGAGACGCGCUCCGUGUGCAGCAGCCGCAGCAGCAGCAGCGGCGGCGGCGGCGAGCGGCGCGCCGGGCACCAGCACCACCAGCCCAUCUGCAAGAUCUGCUUCCAGGGCGCCGAGCAGGGGGAGCUGUUGAACCCUUGCCGGUGUGACGGGUCCGUUCGCUAUACGCAUCAGCUGUGCCUCCUAAAGUGGAUCAGCGAGAGAGGUUCUUGGACUUGUGAACUGUGCUGUUACAGAUAUCAUGUCAUAGCCAUUAAAAUGAAACAACCUUGCCAGUGGCAAAGCAUUUCUAUAACACUGGUUGAGAAAGUUCAGAUGGUGGCUGUAAUCCUAGGAUCCCUGUUCUUAAUAGCGAGUGUGACCUGGCUCCUCUGGUCAGCCUUCAGCCCCUAUGCAGUGUGGCAGAGGAAGGACAUCCUUUUCCAAAUCUGCUAUGGAAUGUAUGGUUUUAUGGAUCUAGUGUGCAUAGGUCUCAUUGUCCAUGAAGGAGCUGCAGUUUACAGAGUUUUUAAGCGUUGGCGCGCAGUUAAUUUACACUGGGAUGUCCAAAAUUAUGACAAAGCCACAGAUAUCGAAGAAAGUAGCCGGGGAGAGUCUUCCACAAGUCGGACUUUAUGGCUGCCCUUGUCAGCUCUGAGGAACAGGAACUUGGUCCACCCCACGCAGUUAAGCUCCCCGAGGUUCCAGUGCGGGUAUGUGCUCUUGCACCUGUUCAAUCGGAUGAGGACCCACGAAGACUUGUCGGAAGACAACAGCUCCGGAGAGGUGGUCAUGAGAGUGACUUCCGUGUAAGGAGCCAGGGGACAGCCACCCACCCUGCACACGUUGGAAUGUAAUUGUAACGAAUGGCAGAACCAGUAGCGCUUCGGGAACACACACACACACACACACACACACACAUCUAUGAACUUUUUAAAAUUUAUGCUUUUUAUAUGAACACUUGAAUUGCAAAUACACUUUUCUGAAGAAAAGAGUCCUCUUGUUCUUUGCUUUUGGGUUUAUCACAUCUUUUAUAAGUUGAUACUUGAAAUCAUUAUCCCUAUCAUUUCACUCGCCUUGGUUAAAAAAAAAAACAACAAUAUAUCUUUAAGGCCCAAAAUAUUUUUUUUCUUGCUUGAUUUAAAUAUAUUUUGAUCAAACUUUUUGUUCCCUGUGUAGUUUUUGAGACAUUCUGGAAAGGGAAUGGGGAGAGAGUUUAGAAGGUUGUACGACAGACCCUCGUGUGCCCAGGUACUAAAUUCUCUGCCUGCCUUGUCCUUCAUGCUAGCAAACUGGAUUGUGUGAUUUUUUUUUCUUUCUGAAAUGAAAGAAAUCUGUCACCAGAAAUAAUGGCCUGUUUUCUCACUUCUAAACAAGUGUGAAAUCUUUUGCAAAGACCUAGAUGAUUUGUGAUAGUGGAAUAGUUGUACUCCUACCCGUACCAUCCAUAAUACAGAUCGGGCCUCCUGUGAGCCACACUGCAAAUGCUCUCCAAAGGGGUGCAUCUUUGCACAUAUUGUAAACAAUUCUGCUUUGCACUUGCAGAGACCUGUCGUGAUUCUUUGGGUUAAUUGUCGGUACCUUCAUGUCAAUGAGCCCCUUCUUAAUUCCAUUUCUGGUUCAUAAAAGCUUCUGUACCUACUUGAUCAUUUCAACACUGAUCCUGUUACUGGGUUUAAUGAAGUCUUGGGAAAUGCAUUCCCCAGCAGUGAGGAGUGUGUCUCUUUCACAGCAUAAGUUGUUUUUAAAUGAAAACAGGAAAAGAAAAAUGAGGCUCUCGACUCUCCAGGAAUAGGUUGCUAAGUGGUGGCACCUGGGGAUUUUCCAACAUUUUUAUCCUCUUAAUGGAGGGGAUGAGCACAUUUUAAUGGGCAACAAGAAAGGAUAAGGAAGCAUGCUGAUUUACUUUUCUUAUAAACAUGGGUUGAGCAUGGAAGCUAAAGAUGGUCAUAUUUACAUCUCUGACACCCCCAUACCUAUUUUCUUAAAAACAACCUUUGUAUGAUUAACAGUAGAAUAUGUCUACACAUAGGUAGCAGAUUCUGUCAAUACUUGAAGUAAUAUUUUCCCAUUUGAGAAACUGUCACAAAUGAAUUGAGAAUGUAACAAUUUGCAGAAAUGGGAAGAGUGAAUCACAAAACCAGAAAGGAAGGGAAAGACAAUCACUGCUGAGGGGCCUAUCCAGCAAGUCAAUGCACCAAACUUCCUUAGUUACAAUUUGCUGGUUUGGAUCUCAUAUUAUACAUUAUCAGUCCUGGGAGAAUUGCCCAGAGGUUGACAUGGGUCCUCACUCACUCUUGCUCCCUGGGAUAGGAGCAGAGUAUUAAAUAGAAAUGGAGUAUUAAAUACAGUAUUCAAAUAUAAAUUAAGAUAGAAAUAGAGUAUUGAAUAGAAAUGCAGAUCUCCUCUCAAGAAAACCAUCAGUAUUUAUGCCUCACAGGUGCUGAACCUUGCCUUGGAAAGUAUAGUCCCUAAGAGGGUAAAGUGACACAUUUUAUAGAAUAUAAUCAUGGGUACUGGUGUUUAAACCACUGUGUUAAAAGUAUAGAAUAAGACUUUAGUCACAGACUAAAAGGCUCAAGUAUUUAGCAGGACCUGGCCUCCUAAUUACCGCACACUUUUGCAUUUAUGUCAACUCAUGAAAACCAAGAACAAAUGAGAAGCCACUCUCUAAUGCCUGUGUGUGUUUUGGGGAGGGGGAUGAGAUGUUCCUGACAAACAUGGCUGGUCAGUUGGGAGGAAUACUCACCCUUAGGUGCUCAUUUCCACCCUUGACCUUCGGACGCACCUUCUGUCUCUGCAUAGCUUUCACUGGCUUCUAGUUCACCUACACAAAUGCUCAUGUCCACAGAGGACCCAACUCAAGUCCGGAAUAAGAACCUGAAGAGUUUCCAUUUGACCAAACGUACCAUCCGUGAAAUGUAUACA